AUGGUGGCUGAACGAGACGAUAUCACGGUGCUUCCACCGUCACCGCUCCAUGAUGAACAAGAACCUCUGCUCGGUAGAGAUGGCACUGGACGGGACCAUGGGACUAUUCAGAGAGAUCCUGCUGGACAAGAGGAGGAUGGAGAGGAGGAUGUGGUCGAGGAACCUACUUCUGCAAAGGUCAUGUUGAUCAUGAUUUGUCUGUGGGUUGGUUCCUUUUGGGCUGCCAUGGACUCGACUGUCGUAGCCACACUCGCUUCUCCCAUUAGCAGGAACUUCCACUCUUCCACACUACUCUCUUGGAUCGCAACUGGAUACCUCAUCGCCAAUGCUGCAUUUCAACCGCUUUCGGGAAAAAUGUCUGAUAUUUAUGGGAGGAAGGCGGGCAUUGUAUUUGCAAGUAGCUUCUUUGCUAUCGGUACGCUGAUUUGUGGGUUGGCUCAGAAUGCUCCCAUGAUGAUCUUUGGUCGUGUGGUCGCUGGUACUGGUGGUGGGUGCUUGAACACUAUCUCGACGUUCAUUGCUAGUGACUUGAUUCCCCUGAGAAAACGUGGACUCUGGCAAGGCUUUGCUAACCUGAUCUAUGGCACUGGAAUGGGAUUGGGAGGUAUCUUUGGUGGACUCAUGAAUGAUCACCUUUCCUGGCGAUGGGCUUUCUAUGUCCAGGUACCGUUCAUUAUCAUUGCUGGUCUGCUCGGCUGGUUCUUUAUCGACAUCCCUGUCAAGGAGGGUAAUUCGACGGAACGCAUUAAGCGGGUCGAUUUCCUUGGUGCCAUAACCUUGUGUACUGCGCUGGUCUUACUGCUCCUCGGUCUGAACAGUGGUGGCAACAUCGUGCCAUGGAACCACCCUUUGGUCUACGUCAGCUUGCCUCUCUCUGCUGUUGCAUUAGCCGCUUUCGUCUACAUUGAAGACAGAGUUGCAAAAGAGCCUGUCAUCCCCGUCCGCUUACUCCUCCACCGCACCGUGGCUUCAGCAUGUCUGACAAACUGGUUCCUUACCAUGGCCGUCUACUCACUUUUCUAUUACGUACCCAUCUACUUCCAGAUCGUACAGGGUCUCUCCGCCACAGCAGCUGGAACACGUCUAGUCCCCCAAUCCAUCGGUACAGCAUGUGGCUCCCUAGGCGCUGGUGUGAUUAUGCGAGCCACAGGACGUUACUGGUGGCUCUCCACCUGCGCACUAACCCUCUACAUCAUCUCCGCCACCCUCAUCGCAACAACCUUCAACGAAAACGUCAUCGGUGUCCUCCCCUUCCUCUGGCUCUUCUUCUCCGGCACAGCCUACGGCGCCAUGCUAACCGUGACCCUGCUCGCUCUGCUCAGCGCCGUAGGCCACGAACAUCAAGCCGUCAUAACAUCCGCCUCCUACGCUUUCCGCUCCACAGGCUCCACAAUCGGCAUCACAAUCGCCUCUGCAGUAUUCCAAAACAAGCUUUCCUCUGGUCUUUACUCCCGCUUUGGCCAUUUGGAAAAUGCAGACCACAUCAUCAAGAAAAUUCGAGAUGAUGUGGGUGAUAUUUCCUUCUUGCCCAAAGGAUGGGAAGAGGGGGUUAGGGAUACUUAUAUUGAGAGUUUGAGGGCUGUGUGGGUUGUUGUUGUUGUGUUGGCUGGGAUUGGAGGGAUAGUGGCAUUGUUUAUGAGGGAGCAUACUUUGCAUAAUAAGUUGAGUAGGAAGUAA